AUGCCUCCCUUCAAGAAGUGGGAAAUCACUGCUGAACUUGACCUCUGCAUGGCCAUCAUUUACACCGGCGGCUCAGUCGGUUCAUACAAGUGGCCUGAGAUCCAUGAACUCAUGGUCAAGUUUGGCCACGACUUCACCAAGGAUGCUAUUUCACAGCACUUCACAAAGGCCAUCCUCAAGAGCUUCAAGGACCGACAUGGCCUACCAGCCGGGAAGCUAGAGUCCAUGACCCCCACCAAGACGAAGAGAAAGGCGGCCGGUGAUGUUGAGGAGUCCCCUUCCAAGAGAAAGGCGAAGUAA